ACUAGGUAUCUAUGUAAUAACGAAUAAAUACAUUUAGACUAAACAACAUGCUGGUAGCAUUUUGUGAACAAAACCUAAAGCUAUUAUCUUGCCUCUACUUGUGAACGGCGCAGCGUCGAAUCAGAAAUGCUCAGCGUCAUAUUCCUCAUUGUUACCAUCGGGAUAGUUUUAGAUAGUGCAGAUGGGGCCAAUCCUAGUACGAAAGGGUCUAUCAUGAACGACUACUGGUGCUACCGAGCGAAGUAUUGCCGCGCCACGCACACCACCGUGUGCGCGAGAGAGCCGCGCCUGAAGCUCGCCACCUGGUUCCCCGAUGAGUGCGCAGUCUUCAACUAUAACUGCAAAUCAAAAACUGAUUACACAGUAACUAGUGAAAAACAGUGUACUAUGCCCACGACAACGAUGUCCACGAGCACAACAACAACACGCCGAACAAUACGCAGAAGAAUCGAACUUCCACUUCCAAUCUUCAGUUUUUAACAAGAACAUGUGUGGACCUUAGCUUCCAUCUCGGUAUAAGAUGGAUAUGAAUGUAUGAAAUAAUUUUACAUUAAGAUUUAUUUAAUGUUUAAAUUACACUGACAUCAUCAUCAUAUCAUGUCUAUCAUGUUGGCAGCACAUACAUAAUGCUUCAAAAAGUUACUUUUCGACAAAACUCGAUACUUACUUAUACAAUCGUUUUACACAAAACCUAGGGAACUGUUGUAUAUAAUUAAGUAGAUAUCAAUAUAGCUUGGACUAUCUGUACCUAUUUUAUUAGAAUAGACAAGCUAAAAAUAGGUACAACCUAAAGUACCUAAAUAGACAGCCUCCCUAG